AUUUGUGGCUAACUCCCUUGGUUUCUUCUGCCGUUCAUUUCUUUUCAUGUUACGAAAUUGUGGUUAAAUUCCGAGCCUCAAUUAUCCAGGUUGUUCUCCUUAUAGACAAGCGGUUACAUCACCCAAAGUCCUAACCAUUUCCAAAGCUACAGUCCACCACUCCCAGGAAGCAAUUCCCGAGCUGCACAUUGGUCCUUCGAGCCGGAUACCGCAGGCAUAAGGAGAUCCAAGAUUUAUUUCCACCAAAGAAGACAUCCCCAUCAAUAGAAAAAUCAAACAGAAUGGCACCUAUUCAUCAACGUCUUAGCAAGAACCAAUUACGAAUCUCAUCAAAAAAGUUCAUAUGCAAAGUUUGCAAGGGACGGCAUGCUCUAAAGGAUUGUAAAGAUUUUCACCGUUUGGCUGUUGAUGAAAGGAUAAGAGCGGUUAUGAUCCAUGGCUACUGCACUAACUGCUUAGCCCAUCUUCAUUCAGCUGGAUCGUGCUUUACGAAAUCUGGUUGCAAACGCUGUGGAGGCAACCAUCAUACCCUUUUACACAUUCCAGAUGACCAUAAACCAGGAAAAGUAAACGUCAAGCAUCCGAAACUGAAGAAGAGCUCAUCCAUUUCCUCUCUUAAUAAAUCGGUUACCUUAUCAUCAAUCACAUCCCAACAUCACUUUCACCUUUUCCCCACUGCGGUUCUAUUGGUUCAGCAUGGAAUGAAGCAGCACCAUGUAAGAGCAGUUAUAGAUACAUGCUCAUCCUUUAGCAAAAUAUCAAGCAAACUUGUAAACGAAUUGGACCUGUCAAUAGCUAGACUGGGUGAUGAGUCGAUAUGCUCAGUUACUUUACAAUCUCGCCAGCCCUCCCAGCCAACAAUACAAGCGACAAUGAAGGUCAACAACAAAAUUUCCAUGAACACUCCGACAAAAUCGAUUGACUCCAUCAUUGCUACCAGAUUUUCCAACCUAAAUCUCGCCGAUCCUCAAUUUUUUAAAUCCAGAUCUAUAGCCAUGGUUUUAGGUGCAGAUCUCUAUUCGAAACUUAUUCUAAAUGGAUUAAUUCCAAGCAAUAAUGGCCUUCCGGUUGCCAUGAAUACCAUCUUCGGAUGGGUUCUUGCUGGGUCGUGCGCCAUUUAAUUAAAAAUUACGAACUAAACAAUUUUCAGAAUUAAAACGCAUUGAACUUUGAAAUUUCUUUAUAUA